AUGAAGAACAUAAGAGAUCAAAACCAGACUGAGAUCAAAGAAUUUCUCUUGUUGGGAUUUAAUGCCCCCCACUCAGUCAACAAUGUGCUCUUUUUUUUGUUUCUUGUGGUCUAUUCCAUGACACUGAUUGGGAACAUUCUUCUGAUUGGAUUGUAUCUGGGAGAUAAGCACCUCCACUCGCCCAUGUACUUCUUUCUUAGCCAUCUGUCUAUAUGUGACAUCUUGCUGUCUACAAGUGUUGCUCCCAUUUUGCUCUGCACCUUUCUAAGUGAUGGAAAAACCUUAACGGUUGCAGGCUGUAAUGCGCAAAGUCGUGUUUCUGGUGUGAUUACUGCAGUUGAAUGUUUCCUUCUUACUGUGAUGUCUUAUGAUCGAUACCUGGCCAUCUGUAACCCACUUCACUAUAUCAGUAAUAUGAGCACCAUGCAUUGCCAUCAUCUAGUAUCAUGGGCAUGGAUAUUGGGUUUCCUUAUUGCCUUGACUGUCAUGAUUAUGAUCUCUCUUUUGGCUUUCUGUGGAAACAAUGUCAUCGACUUUGUCUACUGUGAAUUCACUGCAUUAGUUCAAGCUUCUUGCUCUGAAACCUUCUAUGUAGAAACUGUUGCCAUAAUAUUAUCCCUACCUGUUAUUGUCCUACCCUUUGUCUUUAUAAUUUCAACCUAUGUAAGUAUCUUUGUCGCUAUCCUCAGAAUCUCCUCCAUCAAAGGAAGAGAGAAAGCCUUUUCCACUUGUAGUGCCCAUCUCACUGUUGUCUGCAUGUAUUAUGGAAUACUAACUGCUAAAUACACAGCACCAGCAAGAGGACAUUCAUUAAUUAUAAAUAAAACUAUAUCAGUGCUGUAUACUUUAGGCACACCAUUUCUAAACCCAAUAAUAUAUAGUCUGAGAAACCAGGAAAUAAGAAGAACACUAAAUAAAUUCAUCUUUAGAGAAAAUAUAAGAUGGAAAGUCGCAAGGUUGGUCAAUAAUAAUACAUGUAUGUAA